CCUUUCUCGCCCUCAGUCUGUGAAUCCCAGCCUCCCUCUCUAGAUAUCCAACCCACUCCUCUCCGCCCGCAAACGGUUCAUACGGUAAGAAAAAAAGAGAACUGUUUCAAACACGUCGACAUAAAUAUAACUACUCGAGCUCCCUUUUAUUUCCCCUCGUCCUCCCGACGGACUUCAGUACUUUUAUACAUUCAGAUCUCCUAUGCCAGAGACCACUCAGAAAGCACGGAUUUUUUCCUCCUGAGCAUGAGAAGGAUUGCCAAAUCAUCCGCAAUCCAACAUCACCGACUGAGACACCAGCAUGAGCCCUGGAUACAUAUGCUCCAGCAGAAGUUGUUGGCUAGAGAAUUAAGAAAUCUUGGAGCACAAAUACAGCAAAGAGAGGAGAGUCAGUUUUAGGUCUCCACAUAAUGGAGCGAGAAUGAACAGAGAGCGGCUUAAAAAAAAGCAUGAACUGGAGGUUUAUUGAGGUCAUCUGCUUCCUGUUUAUAUGGGACCAUAUAACAGUUCAGUCUACUCGCCAGGACCUAUUGGCUGCUGAACAACAUGUCACCAAGCAAUAUGACUGGCUCAUCUCUGACCGUGGACCUUUCCACCACUCUCGGAGCUAUCUGUCCUUUGUGGAAAGAUUCCGCCAAGGAUUUACAACCAGAUAUAAAAUUUAUAGGGAAUUUGCACGUUGGAAGGUGAGAAACACUGCAAUUGAGAGAAGGGACCUCAUCCGGAACCCCGUGCCACUCAUGCCUGAGUUCCAGCGCAGUGUACGCUUGCUGGGCCGAAGACCCACCACUCAGCAGUUUAUUGACACUAUCAUAAAGAAAUAUGGAACCCACAUUCUCAUCUCAGCCACCUUGGGAGGAGAGGAGGCUCUGACCAUGUAUCUGGCCAAGAACAAGCUGGAUAGGAAGCUGGUCAAUGCUACCCAGAAUGUUGAAGCCCUCCACCAGCUGGCAUCAUCCUACUUCAUUGACCGCGAUGGCACAAUGAGGAAGCUGCAUGAGAUCCAGAUCUCCACAAAUGCCAUCAAGGUGACAGAGACACGGACAGGGCCUCUGGGAUGCAGCAGCUAUGACAAUUUGGACUCAGUUAGCUCGAUCCUCCUGCAGAGCCCUGAGAGCAAGCUUCAUCUGCAAGGCCUUCAGGUCAUAUUCCCAGAAUACCUGCAGGAGAAAUUUGUCCAGUCAGCUCUGAGCUACAUCAUGUGCAAUGGAGAGGGGGAGUAUGUGUGCCACAACAACCAAUGCAUCUGUCAGUGCGCUGACGAUUAUCCCCAGUGCAACUGUCCCAUCACUGACAUCCAGAUCAUGGAAAACACCCUACUGGUGAUGUCUGAGUCCUGGGCAAGCUCUUAUAAAGAUUUUGAAAGCUCUGAUGAGUUCAAGUCGUUCCUGAAGAGACUCCCAUCCACUCACUUUUUGCCCAUCAGUAGUGUGCAUCUCCUUUGGGGCAGCGACUGGGACCUGCAGGCACGUUACAGACUCCUUCAGAGUUCCCUGGAGAUCCAACGGCUCAAGAUCCAACGAACCGCCCGCAAGCUAUUUAGCCUCAGCAUCCGUUGUCUACACAAUCCCAGCCACCACAUGCCAAGAGAAAGGUAA